GCGCGCAGCCCCGAGCUGCCGCGGGGCGUCGGCACCCUGCCCCCGCGGGACGGGGCCUGCUGGGCCCGGCCCGGCCUGCCGCUCCCUCCCCGCCCGCCGGGGUCCCCGCCGGCAUCGACGAUGUUUUCUCUCAAGCAGCCCAAACCCACCUUCAAGUCCUACCUUCUGCCGCUGCCUCAGGCUGAAGACCAUAUAGCAUCAGAACCAAGGAUUAAAAAACUAGAACCAGUACUUUUGCCAGGUGAAAUUGUGGUAAACGAAGUGAAUUUUGUGAGAAAAUGCAUUGCAACUGAUACAAGUCAGUAUGACCUGUGGGGCAAACUGGUUUGCACUAACUUCAAGAUUUCCUUCAUUACAGAUGACCCGAUGCCACUACAGAAAUUCCAUUAUAAAAACCUCCUCCUUGGUGAACAUGAUGUCCCACUAACAUGCAUCGAGCAGAUUGUCACAGUGAAUGACACCAAGAGGAAGCAGAAGGUCCUUGGUCCUAACCAGAAACUUAAAUUUAAUCCAACUGAAUUAAUAAUUUAUUGCAAAGACUUCCGAAUUGUCAGAUUUCGUUUUGAUGAAGCAGGUCCCGAAAGCGCAAAAAAGGUGUGCCUUGCAAUUGCCCAUUAUUCUCAGCCAACAGAUCUUCAGCUUCUCUUUGCAUUUGAGUAUGUUGGGGAAAUAUAUCAUAAUCCAGCAAAGAAGGUGAAUGGAAUAGAUCCAGGAGGUGGUGGUGCCAGUGGUCAGCAGACACCUUUGUUUGAAACUUACUCUGACUGGGAUAGAGAAAUCAAAAGGACAGGUGCAUCAGAGUGGAGAGUUUGUUCAGUCAAUGAAGGUUAUAUGAUAUCUACUUGCCUUCCAGAAUAUUUUGUGGUUCCAUCUUCCUUAGCAGAUCAAGACCUUAAGCUAUACUCCUACUCUUUUAUUGGGAGACGAAUGCCAUUAUGGUCCUGGAAUCACCCUAAUGGGAGUGCCCUUGUUAGGAUGGCCAACAUUAAAGAUGUCUUACAACAAAGAAGAAUUGAUCAAAGGAUUUGUAAUGCGAUAACUCGAAGCCAUCCCCUUAGAAGUGAUGUUUAUAAAUCUGAUCUGGACAAGAGUCUCCCCAACAUUCAUGAAAUCCAGGCUGCACAUGUCAAACUCAAACAGCUGUGUGUUAAUGAGCCCUUCGAAGAAACUGAGGAGAAGUGGCUAUCCUCACUGGAAAAUACUCACUGGUUAGAGUAUAUUAGAUCCUUUCUUAAACAUUCUGCUGAGCUUGUGUAUAUGAUGGAGUGCAAGCAUGUUUCUGUAGUUCUACAAGAGGAAGAGGGCCGGGACCUGAGCUGUCUUGCUGCUUCACUCAUUCAAGUCAUGCUGGAUCCCUAUUUUCGAACAAUUGUUGGAUUUCAAAGCCUAAUCCAGAAGGAAUGGGUCAUGGCAGGGUAUCAGUUUUUAGACAGGUGUAACCACUUAAAGAGAUCUGACAAAGAGUCUCCUUUGUUCUUGAUGUUUCUUGACUGUGUUUGGCAGCUGCUAGAGCAAUACCCAGCAGCCUUUGAGUUUUCCGAAGUUUACUUGACUGUACUGUACGACAGUGCACGUGUAUCACUGUUUGGCACUUUCCUCUUCAACUGUCCUCAUCAGCGAGUAAAGGAGAGCACUGAGUUUGCCAUAAGCAAAAAUAUUCAACUGGGUGAUGAGAAAGGCCUCAGAUUUCCUUGUGUUUGGGACUGGUCUCUUCAGUUUACACACAGGGAUCGCUUGCUCUUCCACAACCCUCUGUACAUUGGAAAGAGUGCACCCUGUGUACAGAAUGGAGCCGUGAAGACUUUUAAACGCUCAAAGAAAAACUACAGCUCCACAUUGCGAGGUGCACCCCCAGCACUAAAGAACGGAAUCAUCAGUGAGCAAGAGUUCCUUCCAAGAAGAAACUCUCUGAUACUAAAACUGAAACCAGACUUUCUCCAGCACACAGAGAGUCCAACUGGCAGUAUGGAACAGUACUUCAGAGACUGGUUUGCAAAGCCUGUUGAUUUGCAUGGUGUGAUCCUACCCCGUGUCUCUGGAACACAAAUAAAACUGUGGAAACUCUGCUACUUCCGCUGGGUUCCUGAGGCCCAGAUUAAUCGUGGUGGCUCCAUCACUGCUUUCCACAAAGUGUCUUUGCUGGCAGAUGAGGUAGACAUGUUAAACCGGAGUCUUCGGCAGUACAAAAGCAACUCUUCUUUGCACAGCAGCUGCUUGGAACUGGAUCAAAGCAGGAUGUACUUCAGAGCAAGUGGUUUAAAUGACACCUCUGGGGCCCCAGACUUUCUCUCUUCCUCAUUCCCAUUUUCUCCUAUAGGGAACCUCUGCAGACGGAGCAUUCUGGGAACACCUUUAAGCAAAUUUUUAAGUGGUGCCAAAAUCUGGCUGUCCACUGAGACACUUGCAAACGAAGACUGAGACGUUGUGAUGGCUUAAAGUUGUAGGGAAAAUAGAGCCUAUCACUUUGUCUUUUCUAAGUUAACACUGCUAAAUGCGGCAUUGAAAGCUGUAAUAAUUUUUCUAUACAAACAUUACGUAAGUUUUGCACAGAUAUUUAAAAGCAAAGCAGUCAUGCUUCAGAUCGCACAUGUUCGUCUUCAGCAGUUGUCACCUGCUAGGGCUGCUGGUCCCGAAUUCCUCUGUGGUUUUGUGGUUUGGCUCAUUCUAUGCGGUGGAGCACUUCAUCAGCUAACUGAAGGGCUUGGUGUGGUCAUGCAUGAGGGUUCUGCUCAACAGAUCUGUUUUCCCAGAUAGUGAAUGAUGUGACUGUAGUGUCAACAGCUCAGCAGGUCAGAGAGUUCAGUGCGGGGGACGCAGUCUGACAGCUGAAACCUGGGAACAGACUGUUUUAUCAGACUGCCUCUUCAGGAAGAACACUUCCAUGUGGACAUACAUACAUACCCACUAAUGUUCUGUGGCUUGGUCAUCCUACAUGGGUGUUACUGCAGUGUGUAUCCAGGGAUUGUGCACUCUCUUUUCUUUCUCUCCCCAAAAUGUAUUCAUUAACAGUUACUCAGACUUGUGGUCUUUCUCAUGAGUUUGACUUUAGAUUAUAGGAAUCAACUUCAGGGCAAUGCACUGUUAACCUUAAAACAUUUACUGUAGAGCUGGUAUUGUAGUAGCUUUAGAAGUGCCUUUAACUGGGAGGAGACAGCAGCAAAGUUACCCUAAUGCAGCUGACACCCCCCAACUUUUUACAGUAGGUUGAUAAGGUAAGUUUUUGUUCCAUCUCCCACCUCUCCCUACCCUUUUCUGGAAAUAAGAGAAGGGCAGCUUCUCCAGCAAGUUUUUCCUCUUAAAGGUUAAACUCUUUUUUUUAGAUAAGCACCUCCAAUACUCAACAUUAAAUCCCUGCCCACCCUCUCCUCAUUCUGUGGUAGGACAAAUAUGCUUUCAGCAGAAUUCAUACUGAAGUCAUGCUGGGUUCCAGGCAGGCUCCAAGUGGAGCUGUUGUCACUUGUAAGCAGGUGCUGGAGGAAGAGUGGUUAGUGGUGCCUUCUUUUUGCAUACCUGCAUGUCCAUAUGGACAGAGCAAUGGGCAAGCACUGUUUGAGGGAAUUAAGUCCAGCAGCCUCCCUCUGCUUAAUGCAGCAGCCUCAUCUUUGCUGUAAAACCUUUUACAUGAUACGUCUCCCGAUAUGAUGCUAGAAGACCCUUCAAGUUUCACAGGGAGAAAAGCGAGAGUGUAAAAUAUACUGGGGGGUGUGGACCAGCAAUGCUGUAUUUUCUGUACCUGAUUUCCGUGUAAAACACAAAUGCUGUUGAACCAGCACUGAGCCUCCAUUCAGGUGUUGACUCACAAGUUGAGGCACUGAGGACCUUACUUGAUAAACUAGAAGCUAUUCUCAGCUAUCGGGGGAAACAAAGAGGCUGUAUGAUGAUAAUGCACAGUAUGUUAGAGUUAAAAAAAGGCAGGGAGGGGUAGGAUGUGGAGCUCUUCCUUUGUACAACCAGACUGGUCUGCAGUGUGGGGUCUGGCCAUCUAAGAUUGCUCAAGUAUCUAUUUUAGAGGAUAUGCAUCUGGAGUGGCCACAGGUGCAAGCUUUGUGCUAGAAAAGCCCAGUGUCUGCGGGACCCUGCUUCCCCCAGGCUUCACACCUGCAGAGUCUGGCAGGGGGUGAACGGCAGGUUCAUGGGGAAGGGGAGGGGACAACUUCCUUUUUAACCACCCAACCCCCCAAGUAUGCUCUCUAUGCAAAGCAGGUGUGUGUGCAUGUCUGCAUGUGGACACGUGUAUGUUACAACAUAAUGCCAGGUUGGUUCUCAUCAACUGCUUGCGAGGAAAAACCAUGUAUUUGCCUCAGUUGCCUAAUUAUGCUGCAAGAUGGUUUGAGCAUGUGAAAUGGUCCAUAAACCAUUUCAUUUAAAAGCUUGCAAACCAGUUCAUUUACAAGCUUGCUGGAGCAGACAUCUGCUUGUUCAAGUCAUUAUUCAGCUGUUGGUAUUAGUUUGCUUUUGUGAUUUCUUUUUUUCCCCAUUAGCUUCCUGCAUUCCCUGGCCUGAUACUUGACUAAAAGACUUCAACAUGUGUACUCAGUGGUUUUACCAAAUUUUUCCUUUUUAAAAUUACAGUAAAAAAUCUGGAGUCUUUAUUUUUUCCCUCCUCCUUAUAAGUGAAACUUUGGUUUAAAGGUACCAAAACUGUGUAAAUAAGUUGCUCCUCACAAGCAGCUGGUGGAAUACAAAAGUAGGAUGAAUGUUUAUAGGCUAGUACCCUUCUGGGGGAAAUGGGUACUCUAUUGAAACAGGACUGUCUUUUGUAAGAGAUUUCAGACAUUUUUACAUUUCAGCUCUACGAUGUGUACAGAUGCUGCAGAUGGUCUGUGUAUUUUAUAUAUAGAGUAUGGGAGGGGGAUAAAAAUAAUAUACCUUUAUAGUAAACAAAACCUGUCUAAAUAUCAAUUUGCCAAACAGACUUACAAAUAAAUUUUACACAGUUCAAAAAGAGGAGUUUGAGGAGCAGAGGCCAUGAUGGCCACAAACUGGGGGGACACACACGACAGGGAGUAUGGAGAGCUGUAUGCCUUGCCUUGGGAAUGGGCACCAGAUCCUGCUUCUGAGUCUGAGGCACUGCCUGUGCCUGUGGGUGUGGUUCUCCUCUGAAGUUCUUGGCUUGUUUAAAUUUACUUUUUGAAAGACAGGUACUAGAUGUUAAUUCUCCAAUCUGCACAGUUGCCUUAUCAAUAGUCAGUAGGGACUGCUCCGGACCGGUCUUUGGUAACUUUCAAAAGCAAUUUUGGUGUGUGAGUACGUAUCUUCUCUGUACAGAGUACUGACACACAAAUGUAUAUAUAUGUGCGUGUGUGUUUGUGUAUAUACGUACACAUGUUCAAACUUUAAUUUCUAUUCACCAUUUAUAGCAACAUCCUGUUAAUGCCAUCCUGGUGUUGCAAGAGUAGAACAACUACCAAAAAGCUUCUUUUGUCUGUGUCUAGAACACAUGCACUAUUUUGGCUGUUACUAGCUGUUCUAUCAUGACUUUUGUGCUACACUGUAACUCACGUGGGGGGACAUGAAACACUGAUUAAAGUGUCCCUCCAGUGUCAUUAAUUACUGCAAGAUAGAGCUAAUCGUAGACUGCAUCCUCAUGGUAGUGCAGCUAUUUUCAUCAUGUUCUGCCAUGCAUCAGAGACGCUGCUUUCAUUCCAGAAAUGCAUUGAAAAGUGUGUGUUGGUGCGUGUAUGUAUGCCCAGGCCUGCACAUGUGUUCAUUGUGCACUGCCUGCAAUACCACUCUGAAAUCAAAUGCCUUGUAUCUUUAAUGAAAAUGUAGCAAGGGGGGCAAAGGUUUUGGAAAACUCUCAGAUGGGAAGACAUUUAAGACCAAAAAAUUUCUAACUUGUAUUUUUAAGCAAAGGAUAAAAUCUUAAGUUUGCCUCUAACAAAGAGACAGAAACCUGUACCUCAACUCAUUGUAGGCAGUAGGUUCCUAAUGCUGUUGCUGUGAUGGUUUAGAGUUCACUAUUUCAACUUAAAACUAAAACCUUUGUGCCUGAUAAUGAUUUACUGAGUAAAGUAGCAGUGCCAGGAAGAUUAUAAAAUCCUGAUGCUGACUUGUGAAUGUGAAUUAAAUUAGACUAAAUAAAAGUUCAUACCUUUCCACAGUGAA